GUGAGAGAGUGAGCAAGUACUUAUCUCGUUGUACUGCCUCGGCUGUUUGCUGCUGUGGUUCCCGUUCUGCUCUGUUUGCUCUUCAUUCAUAUCCACUCUCUCUUCCUACAGUGACACUAGAUCACUGCUCCUCUCCUUCGUCCAUUUCUCUUUUUCUCGAUUGUCUCUCCUUUCAUUUCGACAUUCCUUAUAAAACAUAUCACGACUAAAACACCCCCGAAAUGAACCGCGACAAGAUCUUGACCGCUGUGGCGGUUGAGAGGAUGAUCGCAGCUGGUCAAACAAUCGUCGUUUUCGAAGACUCAGUACUCAAGCUCGACGGCUGGAUGGAUAGACAUCCCGGUGGAAGAUUGGCAGUUCUUCACAUGGUGGGCAGAGAUGCGACCGACGAGAUGAAAGCGUAAGUCACGAUGCUUUUUAUGGUGUUGAGGUUGAGCGUUGCACGGGUGCACUAUACCAAAAUGAGAAACACACCACUACACUACAACACCCCAUUGGCCUGCACGCCAAUAUGACAUGUACAGUGCAUUGUGCGGGGGAAACAACAAGAUACAGAUCAGAUCAGGUUAAACUAACACAUUUUUCUCCUUUGGGAUAGUUAUCACUCGGAAGCGACCUUACGAACCAUGAAGGCCUAUCGGAUCGGUCGGAAGCAAGGAUCCUGGGUGAACCGCACACCACCAAUUAGAGGCGGCGUCUUUCGCCUCGACGCCCAAGAGAUCGAUCUCUCAGACUCGAGCACAUCCUCCGACACAGACGACAACACCAGUCUCGAUGACGCCGUUAGCUCCGCGUCAUCAUCGCCCAGCGUGGAUGUCAAAGAUGGAGGAGAGGGUCUUCGCCAGCGCGCAGUAGCAAAGACGGAUGAUUCGCGAAAGCGUACUGCGACGCUGCGUGUGGCGAAUGCAGGUGUUGCGCGGGAGAUUCAGAACGAUCUUGAAACGUACCCGUCGCUGGAUACGCGUGUCCAGGAUGAGAUUGCGAGAAAGUAUCAGCUUCUCCACCAGAGGAUUCACGAUGAGGGUCUUUAUCAGUGUCCGUACGUUGAGUAUGGGAAGGAGAUGAUGCGAUACACGACGCUGUUUACGCUGUUUGGUGUGUUGUUUUAUAACCAGUGGUACAUCACAUCUGCUGUGUUCUUGGGAUUGUUCUGGCAUCAAAUCAUGUUCAGCGCGCAUGAUGCUGGCCAUCUUGCGAUUACGUCUAAUUUUGUCAUCGACACUCUCAUUGGCAUGUUCAUUGCUGAUUUCUGCUGUGGUCUAUCGAUUGGAUGGUGGAAGAGCAGUCACAACGUGCACCAUCUCGUGACGAACCAACCCGAACAUGAUCCUGAUAUCCAGAACGUUCCCCUCUUUGCGACAUGCCCCUCAUUCUUCAAGUCCCUUCGCUCAACUUACUACAACUUCACUUUCGUCUGGGACGCCGCAGCCGAUUUCCUCGUCCCCUUCCAGCGCUGGACUUACUACCCCGUCAUGGGCAUCGCGCGCUUCAACCUGUACCUCCUCUCCUGGCUCCACGUCCUCUCCGAGAAGUCCUCACAGCUCGGAAAGAGUCGCGCCUGGUGGAUUCGACCUACCGAGAUCACCUUCAUGGCCUGCUACUGGUUCCUCUUCGGCUACUGCCUCCUCUGGCGCGGUCUCCCCGACUGGACCACCCGCGUCGUCUUCGUCCUGGUCUCCCACAUCAUCACCAUGCCGCUCCACGUGCAAAUCACCCUCUCCCACUGGGGAAUGUCAACCGUCGACCUCGGCGAGACCGAAUCCUUCGCCCAGCGCCAGCUCCGCACCACCAUGGACGUCGACUGCCCCGCGUGGAUGGACUUUGUGCACGGCGGUCUCCAGUUCCAGGCCGUUCACCACUUGUUCCCACGUGUGCCGCGCCAUAACCUGCGCAAGGUGCAGUUCAUGAUUCGGGAGUUCUGCAACGACACUGGUGUGCCGUACUCGAUCCUCAACUUCACCGAUGGUAACAGAAAGGUGUUGGGGCGGUUGAAGGAUGUUAGUGAUCAGCUGGAUAUCAUGAUCAAGUGCCAGCAGCACAUGGCGAGGACGGGGGAGAGUGGAUUGCAUUAGAUUUCAUAGACUAGACUUGCGAGAGCGCGUGCGAUUUGUUUUCUGCGAGACAGUACAAGCAAUAGAUUUCUGUCUACUUCA